AGGGAGCAGUAGCCAACUGAAUAAUCUGUAUUCCACCGCUAGUAAAGAAACACCCUGUGAUCUUCCUAUCUUCACAAAGCUCCUGAGGGGUAAACUACAGAAAAAAUACAUAUUUUUCAUAAACUGAUGAAUGGGAAUUUUCUACCCGCGGAAUCCUGAAGCAGAAGCAUACUGGAAAAGGGGCGCAUACCAGACUGAUGAACAGCCCUUUCUCUCAAUGAGACCCGAAGUGAAAAGACGCAGUAAUGAAUGACAGUAUAUUGGCAAGAGCAGCAGCCGUGCGCAGCUACAUCGAGCACAAAAUAACUAUUGUGGGGAUAGAUGAUUGAUAACGCAACUGCUAUAGUGCAGGCCGGGAGAGCGAAACAGAUGUAAUUUUCUUAUGCUACAGCUGGUUCAGUGCCACUGGGUGCUGCAUGGAUUGUUAUUGCAAUCAGUCCUUCUACAUCAGCCACUGCUACCAGCAAUCCCAAAUUACUUAGGAAUUCCGGACGGCUGUCUGAGGAGCAAUAUUGCUGCAGAGCUCAACGGGAAUGCCAUGUGUCGUGGCGCGACAUAAGAACCGCUUUGUGGUGUCUUGUCCACCGGGACAGGUGGUGUUGUGUGUGCUGGGGGUUGGUGGGGGUAUAUGAAUACACAACCCGAGAGAGAGUUGUUUUAGGGAUGUCACGCCGCCGUACGGGAUCAGUUUUUGCCAGAGACAGGUGCGACAGAGAGGAGUAGUAGUUUACAAACGACGUUGGGAUUGGUGUUGACGAAAACCUCGGACCUGUCUAUCUUCUUACAUACUUGAUAUUAAUCCAGGGGACAUCAUACUGUGGAGGCAAGAACUGUGUAAUCGUCGCUUUCCGGGUGCACCUUUUACUCGACAAUCAGCGACGCUGUAUUUUGCUGCCGCCAUGUCAACCCUGGCAUCACCCUUCUUCCUGUUGUUCUGGCUCCUCCGAUUGGCCAGCUCUGCGUUUCCAGAGGAACCGGGGCCUCUGAACUUUAUCUCCAUUGAAGUGGUUCACCGGUACCCAGUGUUUCUGGGUCGGCCACAUCGUUCAUCCCUGAGACAGGAGCCACUGCAUAUUCAGAGAGUCCUCAAGGUGAACCGGACCCUCUACAUUGGAGCCAGAGAUGACCUUUUCCGUGUGGAGCUGGACAAUGUGGCGGGAGACGAGAUGUUCUACAGUAAGAAGAGAACAUGGGAGUCCAACAAAAAUGACAUCAGGACCUGCCGAAUGAAGGGCAAGCACGAGGACGAGUGUCGGAACUUCAUGAAGGUUUUGCUGAGUCGACAAGGAGGUCUGUUUGUAUGUGGGACCAAUGCCUUCAAUCCGCUGUGUGCCAACUAUACUGGAGACACUCUGGAGAUGGUGGGAGAGACAGUCAGUGGGAUGGCCCGCUGUCCCUAUGAUCCUAAACACGCCAACGUGGCUCUGUUCGCAGAGGGGAAUCUGUUUACGGCCACUGUGACGGACUUCCUGGCGAUAGACGCUGUGAUCUACCGUAGCCUGGGGGACAGUCCUGCACUCCGCACAGUCAAACACGACUCCAAAUGGUUCAGAGAGCCCUAUUUUGUCAGUUCAGUGGAAUGGGGUCCUCACAUCUACUUCUUCUUCAGAGAGAUGGCCAUGGAGUUUAACUACCUGGAGAAGGUACGAGACAAAAUGGUACAGGUGUCUCGGGUGGCGCGGGUGUGUAAGGGGGACCUGGGUGGUUCUCAGAGGGUGUUGGAGAAGCAGUGGACGUCGUUCCUGAAGGCCAGACUGAACUGCUCCGUCCCUGGAGACUCCCACUUCUACUUCAACCUGCUCCACUCCACCAGCCCUGUCAUCAGGAUGCACGGCAGGGACAUCAUCCUGGGAGUCUUCUCCACCCCCACCAACAGUAUCCCUGGUUCGGCUGUGUGUGCCUUCGACAUGGAGCAGCUGGCUGGGGUGUUUGAUGGGAGAUUCAAGGAGCAGAAGUCACCUGAGUCUAUAUGGACCCCUGUUCCUGACGAGCUCAUUCCCAAACCAAGGCCAGGUGGCUGUGCUGUUCAGGGCUCCAGGUUCAACUCAUCCAAUGGUUUCCCUGAUGAGAUGCUGAACUUUGUGAAGACCCACCCCCUGAUGGACGAGGCCGUGCCCUCACUGGGACAGAGGCCCUGGAUUGUCAGGACCAUGGUCAGGUACCAGCUGAAUAAGAUGGUGAUGGACACGGAGGCUGGCCCCUACAGAAACCGCACAGUGCUCUUCCUGGGCUCCAGCCGGGGGACCAUCCUCAAGUUCCUGAUCGUCCCCAACCGGGACAACACCGUGUCCAGCAGCAAUGUCUUCCUGGAGGAGCUGGAGGGCUUCAUCCCUGACAAGUGUGGGGAGGACUCUCCGCAGGCGAGGCAGUUGUUGUCCCUGACUCUGGACUGGGUGAGCCAGUCUCUGCUGCUGGCCUUCCCCUCUUGUGUGGUCAGGGUCCCUGUGGCACGAUGCCAGCUCUACUCACGCUGCAUGAAGAACUGCAUCGCCUCCAGGGACCCCUACUGUGGCUGGACCAGAGGAAGCACCUGCUCCUUCCUCAGGCCCGGGACCAGACUGCCGUUCGAGCAGGACAUAGAACACGGGAACGUGUCCCACUUGGGCGACUGUGAUGGUCUCCUGCAGGAGUCUUUCAUUGACGAGCCAGAUGGUCUGGUGUCAGUCAACCUGCUGGUUGUGUCUGCAGUCUCAGCUUUCGCCACGGGGGCGGUGCUGUCGGGCUUGGCUGUCUGCUGGAUCAUGAGUCAUCGCCACCGCACACGAGGGGCAGGAGCCAACAGGAGCCGUAAAGGGGACAAGGAGCAGAACAUGCUGGGUCAGGGCCGGAGCGGCUCAGUGAUGAGCGUGACACGUACCAGCGGUAGCGAGAGACCCCGGUCACAUUCCCAGGCAGACAACCCGUUCGUAAUGCCCAACGGCUGGCCUAAAGGAGAGAUGGAUCCAGGCCUACCUACUCCAGAACAGACCCCCCUGCAGCAGAAACGGCCUCCACCCAGCAUGAGAGAUGUAGACUGGGACCAGAGCCAGACCUUCCUCACCUCAGUGGGCAUGCCCUGCCCAGCCAACUCCGUCAUCUACCUGAGCUCCAAGUUCCUGCAGGAGAGAGGUGGCAGGCACGAGGGCCCAGGGGAUGUGGGGGCCACCAACACGGAGCGAACACGUUACCUGGUCCUGGCCAGCAACCGGGAGCCCCAUGGGGGACAACCCAGGACCACCCUGAGGAACUCUGCAGGUGAAUACAACUACCCAGCCACGCCACAGGACUCCCCAGACCGCAGGAGGGUGGUCUCAGCCCCCAGCACCCAGAUGGACUUUGGGGAGCCUCCCCGCUGGACUCACGAGGGACUCAAUUAUAACAGCAAUAACGGAGCUCCCUACCCCUCCCAGCGCCCGGGCCUGAUCCGGGCCAACCACCACGGCCUUGCCGACUUCAGUCACCUAAUGGGAAAGAGCGUGGGCGAGCCUACCCCUAGUGGCCAGUGAAGAGAAGAGCGCAAUGAACCCCCCUCUCUGAAACCCAUUUCCCCUCAGCAACUGGAAUACCCCUCAGACUCACUCUCCCUUCCCGAAAUCUGCCCUGUCUGUCCUCUCUCACUGUCAUUCAAUGUUCUGACAUCCCCCGGCGUGAAGCCUGACUGUCUAACUGACUGAAGAGACUGGGUCUCCAGAAGCCAGCAGUUUAGAGAGAGAAAGAGAGAGAGAGUUAAAGAGAUGAGGUUAUUCUCCUCAUGGCUGCAGCUCUGCUAUCACCCUGAGAGGUGCACCCCUCUGCUCCGUACGUGGUUUAACCCACAGAGCAUGGACUGGACACCAUAAAACCAACCUCAAGGACUAGGAAGGGGUGCAAGGGAAGGGACAUUUUGUGAAAAAGGAAAAACAAAAAGAAAUGAGAACCGCUUCACUGAUAAUUUAGUUCAGUUCCAGUGGUGAAAGGUCUCAUUCUACUAUCUUGUGCUCUGCAAGUCAUUCUUUGGGUGUGACAUUUUUAUUUCUGCUUUGCUUUUGUGCCAGCAUCCAGCAGACAACCAUGUGCUUUUCCUUGUUUGUUUUUUUCUGGCCACCUCUAUCAGUCAGCUCUAUCAGUCAGCUCUAUCAGUCAGCUCUAUCAGUCAGCUCUAUCAGUCAGCUCUAUCAGUCAGCUUGUGUUUGAUAGAUAUUAGCAACGCCAGGCGGCACUGGAUCAUGCAGUAUGGGAAAGGGUUCCUGUCUUAAUGUGGGCAUACAACACACUGGAUCAUGCAGUAUGGGAAAGGGUUCCUGUUUUAAUGUGGGCAUACAACACACUGGAUCAUGCAGUAUGGGAAAGGGUUCCUGUCUUAAUGUGGGCAUACAACACACUGGACCAUCUUAUUGGAAUAAGCUUGAUAAUGAUGUCAACGAUCCAUCCCAUUGUGUUAACAAUCAUGGAAAAACCACACAUUUCUAGUGUGUUUCUAAAGCUCUAUUAUGUAUUUAGAAUCAGACCUUGUAACGGUUUCCUCCCCCAGUCUGCAGCCCAGAUCUAGCAACAACAGCACUGGACUUGAACAUGUCAAGGUGGAGGGGACAAAAACUAUCAGGGAGGAGAUAAGAGAGGAUGGUACCUUAAUAUCUCUGUUUCCUUGGAGAAGUGGCGGGAACAGCGAAACACAGUCAGAGGGCACAGCGGUAUAAGACAACCUUGUCCCUCCCACUCCCUUCCUCCUUCUCUGUCUGUCUCUCCCUGGAUCUAUGUGACCUGAGGCCUGGGCUACCCGGCAAGCCAGCGGACAGGAGAGAAGAGCACAUAGCCCAUGUAGGGGAAUGUGAGCCUGGCUGUGGGAGUUAGCGGGCCCAGGGCCCUGCCACUGGGGAGCUCCAUUCAGGCUCCUCUCCCUGACACUGAGCCUCUUUGUGCCCCGGAGCAGGAGGAGAUGGCUGCAACAAAUAGCCGUUAAGAGUCAGGGCCGGAGGGGCGAACCCAGUGCCCCAGCCCAGCGGAAUAUCAAUGAGGACAGCAGCGCCCCCCUGCCCAUCCCUCCGGCCCCCUCACAGACACUGGCACCGUUUGGGACUGGGGCUGGGACCAGUCAGGGUGGUAGGCCAGGGAUGGGCCGAUGGGGCUGGGAGACUGGCAUCAUUCAGACUGCUAUCACUUCUAUAUCCCUGCCUUUCAGCGUUUAUACACAAGGGACACUGGCUCAACAAAGCAAAGUAGAACUGUUUGGGCGUGGAUUGUCUCCCUCCGCUCUCUCUCUCUGUUUGAUGUUCUCUUUUUGUCCGCCUCUCUGCUCACUCCCCUGUCUGUAGAUCCGGUGGCUCGUGUUUUUUCAUCCGUGUCAUGACUUGUGUGUGUGGAUGCUGCUCUGUUUCAGGCUACAGCGGAAGCUGUCCAUAAUCUCCUUGUUCUCCCCCUAGUUCUCUGGCCCGGUAGCCAUUAUCUGAGUGAUUUCUGCCGCAAUCCCCCAACAUUCACAAAUCAGUGUUAACUGCACCCUCACCCUGAGCGCUGGUCGGCAACACGCAUGGGAGCGCAUAGACUGGCUUCAUUAGUGGGUCUGUGGGCUGGGAGGAGCAGAGGAGGAGAGCAGGAGAGAGAUGGAGCUGGAGGGGCAUGGGAGGAGCAGAGGCUGGGCUGAUCUGGGUAGGACUGGUAGAGAGUGGUGUUAGAGAAACACACAACAGAGCCAGAGAGCACGAACAUACAUCUUAGCAGGGCUUAAAUACAAAGCUAUGGCUACAUUCAGAACUGCUCUGAAACAGGGGGAGCAGAUAGAAGGGAGGCCUGGCCAGCUGUGUGGUGGGCUGAGGAGAGGAGCCGGGUUGGACGGUGGAUUUGUUUGUCUUAAUGUAAAGGGCUAAACCACUGAGGUAGAAUACUAAAAGAGAUUCAUGGAAUGUAAGCACAUGAUCUAGCUGGGUAAAAAGACCCACUCAUGGCUGAGUCCAGGGAGACAAAGCAACAACUGAAUGCGUGUGUAUGCAUGUGUGCGUUCAUGUGAGUGUGUUGGUUUUUGUGUACUUGAAGUAUAUUAGUAGUGAGUGUUGCCAUGAAUGAGUAAAGUAGUUGGUGGGUUGGGGAGUAUAUUGAAAUAGCACAUUCCAUACUGUAGUAGACAAAACCACUCCUCCACGUUGUCGUCGUCGUCCUCCUAUCUCCAUUAUAGCCCUGAGAGGAGUGUUGGUUGAGAAUAUGGGGCCUUGAAGCAGUAGUGGCCCCCUGGUUCCCCCUCUCGUCUCCUCUCUUUCUCCCAGCCAGUGGUGUCCCCUAAGUGCAGUGUGUGAUUGAGGCCUACUCUGCCUGCCCAGCCAGGCGUGCUCCAGCUCCCUCUCUUACACUGUUUCACUAAACAUGCUUGAUUAGGCAAAGUACAUCCCAGCCCCUAAUGGCGUGAUGAGCCCCUGAGAAGAUUAGCACAGACACAUCAAGAGGGUGACGAGCACCCACUCUCCUCUGCAGCUAUCCCCCCAUACACACACAGUCACACAGUUACACACACAUAAACAUACACACACUUAAGACACACACACUGCGCCCUAAUCAAAUUCAGGAUCCAAUUGAAUUACGAUCUGCUGUUAUCCCCAGGCCAGGGAGGAGGGAGGCCAAACUUGUGGCUCAGACCCAGGGAUUUGCUCGUUGGAAGAGCCACACAUGAUUAUCUUAGUCCACCAUGACUAAACAGUUAAGGAAUCUGUGGUUCCCCAUAAUACAACCCUUCAGGCUUGCACACAGACAGACAGACACAUACACACAAUCAGCCUUUCCCUCUCUGUAUGUUGUAUUAGCAGCUACAAUCAAACAGAGGUAGUUUUAAAUGUGUCAACACCAGAAUGAGAAAUCUGGGUAAUUUACUGUGAAGCGCUCAAAAAUCUUUGUUCUUUUGAAAUCAGUUUUUAAAUGUUUUAACCCUUUAUCUACAUUUGCAAUCCGCUGAUGCAGUAAAUUGCUUUCUUUGGAAGCCAUUACUUUCUGCUGGACAUGAUAUGUAGCUCACAGAGUGUUCCUCUCUCUCCCCCCACCCCCACCACCCACCCCCAACCCACAUGACCUGAUCUGUGUGUAUAAAUAUCAUGGACUGUGUGUGUCCCUGAGACCAUGCCAUUGUUUGUUGUUGGCUUGUUUUCCUGAGUAACCCAGUGAUUUAGCUAAUGCCACCCAGCCAGAAACUGCCAAUGCCAGGAUGGGAUGCCCUAGAAAGACCCAAACCAAAUAAGAAGACAUGUAACCCAAUCUGCUGAGGAAUAAACACGGGCAGCAGACAUAUUUAUCAUCGAAAGAUAAGCACAAAAAAAGUUAGCAUUUUUGUAAAGUUGUAGAGAGCAUUCUAUUUAGUCGGCACUCAUUCUUGAUCAUUCUUGUCAUGUUUUUUUUGUUUGUUUCUGUGGUAAUAUUUGGUUUGAGUUUUUGGGAUUUGUUGUAUUGGAUUUUCUAUUUCCUCUUUGGUGUGUGAGUUUGAUGAUGAUGAUGAAGUUGAUGAAGAUGAUGAUGAAGAUUCUGUACUGUGAACAGCAUCUCAGUAUUUGCUCCCACUCUGAUGCCUGUGCUGUGUCUGAGUUGUGUCUGGGAGGAGAAGAGGAGAGGAGGAGGCGAUACAGACUGGAAUCACAACAAAGAGAACUUUCCCCCUUUCCCACUCCUCCAGAGUCGAGUCUCCUGCUACAGUGACAGACUCCCGCAGUCCUGUGGCUCUCACCAGAGGCUGUCUGUCCCUGCCUGUGACCAGGGACACUGUCAUUAAAUGACACAACGUGUCCCUGUGUGUACAUAAUCUCAAUGCUUAAAUGUAAUUUAAGUGCAGUAGCUGCAUGACACAGCCUCUGUGUGUACAGAAGUAGCAACGUGUGAAUUUAUACAGUACAUGCAAGUGUGUGUGCUUGUGUCCGCAAAUCUGUCCAUCACACAAACACAUGCAUGCACCCUCAAACAACUGCACACACACACACACACACACACACACACACACACACACACACACACACACACACACACACACACACACACACACACACACACACACACACACACACACACAUACCCUUCAGCAGUUGAACACCAUUUCUACAUUGUCCUCAGCUCUGCCUGUCACUUAGCAUGGAGACUUUGCUCUCUGUCAACUUUCUUAUUCUAAUAAAUAACUCAGACAUUAA